AUGGAGAUUAUUUCCUUGAAGAUGAACAAUAUUACUAAGGUGGAUAAUAUAUUUCCAAUGUUCAAUAUUCCAAAAGCUGGAAAGAACAAAUUGAGAAUCACAUCGAGUAUUCAGGCUGGAAAAUCCAAUAAUUUGUAUGAAGUACUCUCUCUAUGCUAUGAGAAGAAUGUAGGGAUUAAUGAUAUAAAGAGAGCUUAUAGAUGCAUGGCUCUUCAAUAUCAUCCUGAUGUUUGCCAUGAUCACUCAAACAAACAGGAGUCCACAAGACGAUUUAUUGAGUUGCAAAAGGCCUAUGAGACUCUCUCCGAUCCCAUUUUACGCGAAAAUUAUGAUUAUCAACUAAGCUUGAGGGAUUCAAAAGGAACAUUUGGAAGAAAGUCUGCUGAAAAUAGUAGAAUUGUUCAUAAGGAUGUGUGGGAAAGGCAACUCAAUGGGUUGAGAAGAAGAUCUUUGCAUAGGAUGGAGAAUAAGAGAAGCAACUAA